AUGACUCAAAUUGUCGAUGGAAGGAAGAACUACGAGGUUCGAAAAUACUGCCUCAGACCUAGUGUGAAAAGAAUCUGGUUCUAUCGCACUGCUCCGCACUCUAGCAUCACGCAUGUCUGUGAAAUACUAUCCGCGCGGACGCGGAAUUCCGGCGAUCCUCCACUAGAGGAAAACGGGCUGGGUAGUGCCGAAUUUAACAGUAGACACAAGGACUGGAAUGGCUACGAUUAUGCCUACAAAAUGAUCACUGUCUGCGAGCUCCCGUGCCCGAUCACCUUAAAGGAGAUGAAGGAGAAGCAUGGCUUUAAAUUGGCACCGAGGGGUCUCAUCUAUCUACCCAAGUCGAUUAAUAAUAGUGUCGAUUUGAAGCAACAAAAACUACUGUUGAGCCUACGCUGA